UUCCCUCAGCUUUCAUUCACCGCGUAAAGAUCAUUGGCAGGUUUCCUCGAUGCUCAGUCUCGUGGUGAGGUUGGCGCGCUGAGGUCUUUUUGUUUGAGAGGCAGAGUUGAAGGAAGACUUAAACGAGGAGACAGUGCAAGCGUUUUGGCAUCUUUGGUUUGACGGAAAGACAGGGCGGAAUAAAGAAAAACGAGAGACGAAGAGAAAGAUAUAGACAAAAGGAUAAGCAACCGUGAGCAUAGAUUUAAAAAUUUCGAAAGAUCAGACCUGUGGAAGUUGGGUAAAGAAAAUAACAAAGUUAUAAGGAUAGAAGGACCAAAAGAGAAAAUAAGAGUGAUUAAAGGUGAUAGAACAAAAAUAAAACAUGAGUGAGCGAGAUUUACACUAACCCGAUAAGAGAGAGAGAGAGAGAGAGAGAGAGAGAGAGAGAGAGAGAGAGAGAUAGGAUUGUGAGGGCAGACGGUGCCAGUAAUAUCAAACCAAUACUUAGCAAUAUCUCAAGUGGGAAAGAAAACAAUGAACUACACGUAAAACACACACACUCUCUCUCACACACACACACACACACACACACACACACACACACACACACACACACACACACACACACACACACACACACAUCACGUUGCUAAUACAAGGAGAGAAAGAAGGUAUUAGACAAAAGAAAGAAGAGUGGGGAGAGAACCAGCGCGUCAUCACCAUCAGGAAACACAAAGAAAGUAUUAGCGGACCACCGACAUCGCCUUCUUCAGGAGGAUCAUCACUCAGUCACCAUUAUGGCAUUUAUGAGACUGGUCAUGACGGUGGCGGUGGUGGCGGCAGCAGUGGCGGGACUACCACAGGAGGUGCCAGGCCUGGCAAACAUAGAGAUUCUGAAGCUGGUGCCCAAACGCUCCCCUCUCAGUGCCUACGAAGCUCCCAUCCCCUUCAUCCCAACAGCAGCUGAUCGUCGCUACGAUGUAAUGCUUGACUACGACGACUACUCUGACGACUACGAUGCUGACGAGGGCGUAGCCACUACCCUGAAGCGACCACUGUCCCUCCUGGUAGAGGAGCGCUCAGACUAUACUCUCCGCCCCUUCGAUCUCACCUUUCACCGGCAGAGUGACGCGAGUGACGGUUUCAUUGAAGAGACCCAGGGUGUUCCUCCACAGACUUUCCCUGGCCAUGCAAGGCCUCAGCCUCCACUCGGUGGACUCGGAAACCAUCAAGGAAACAGAGAAAUGAAUGUAGUUCACAGAGACUCAGAACGAUUCGUUACAGAGGAUAGGCUCGUUCCAGAUGUAGAAGAAAGGUUAAUUCCAACUGCUGAUGAAAGGUUCGAUUCAAACACAGAAGAGAGGUUUGCCCAAGUAAGUGAAGAAAGAUUUGUUCCAGACACAGAAGAAAGAUUUAUUUCAGAGACAGUAGAAAGAUUCAUUCCAGAUUCAGAAGAAAGAUUCAUUCCAGGCACAGAAGAAAGAUUCAUUCUAAGCACAAAAGAAAAGUUUACUCCAGACACAAGGGACAUAUUUGUGCCAAACACAGAAGAGGGGUUUGUUUCGUCCACAGAGGAAAGGUUUCAUUCACUUCCCAGUGACCAGUUCCCUCAUCACACAGACGAACGUCUUGUCAAAGGUAACAGUGAGAGUUUUCCUCAAGCCACAGACGAGGUGCAGACUGUCCUACACCACGCUUCAUUGAUACCAGACAAGCUUCUGUUGGCACCUGAGAGAGACUCACCACCACUAGUCACUGAGGGGUCAAGGCAGCAGGAUACAAUAGUUGUGGUACCGCCUAGCGCCCUAUGGAGAGAGCAACAAGGCAUUGACAUCGGCGGCCCCAUUACUUCGUCAGUCAACAUCGGUCGACAGGUCCGUCGCCUGCCAGACCAACAUGACUCACGAUCAGGUAAAUUCUAUUUGAGCAACGUCCAACACUCAAAGGAAUCUUCACUGCUGAGCUCUUCUCUCCAAGAUAUUUACAAGUCUCAAGCACUCAGAGACAGCAGGUUCUCCAGGGCCUCGUACAGCCGUGCCUUGCACCAUUCGGAGUCUGGCUCCAAGCCGCAACACCGCUCUCAACUCUCUCCUCAGAACCAAUAUAGAACAUCAGGAAAAAAAAAUCUUGAAUCUUUGACAACAGAUAUGAGCAAAGUUCCUCAUCAGACGACUCAGCAAGACCACUCCUCGAGUCGCCUGGCCCCUUCCUACGUGCGGCGUGCAGAGCCUCAGCUCAAUGUGAAGAAAGAUAGAUCACUAAAGGCAGGGUCUCCUCCAGCCUCCAUGUCAAGAGAGGAAAGGGCUUACUAUACUGGUCUUCAACAGGAGAUUGAGAAGUCAGAGCUACUAGUGGACGCAAUCAAGGACGUCAGGAUGCGAGAAGGGAAGUCCAUCAAGACUCUGAGGAGGCGCCAUGACAGCAAACCGUCGGUCAUCACCCCGCAGCCAGACCUCAAGGAAGUGAAGGAAAAGUUUGGAAGUCACCCUCUGUACCAGAACCUGCCACGCAACGAACCUCUAGCAGUGAAGGAGGCAGGUCCUCUGCAGCACCGAGAUGAGUACUCCAGCGAGCGGGACGAAUAUGAAAAGAUGUACCUUCCUGUCCGCGCUAAGACACUCGAACUGAGGGAAAUCCGCAAAGUCAAGGAGCACUUUCACUCCCUCAUACCUCUGAAAAUGAAGGAAAAGCCACGCUCUACCUCACGCCCGCGUCGCCAGCCUCAGUCACCCCCAGUCACCACCUUCAAGCCAGCACUCGUCUCAAAAUAUAUUAAGUACAGCAAACCUCAAUCAGUAACAACGUCCAAGACUUACUAUAAGUCAUCACCCACUUCCUACGUUAAGCUUGGGCACAAAAAAGCCCUACCGACUCCACGAAAUUCAAAAACACCUUCGGGAUAUCCCAAGCAGCACACCCCAACACCCAGUGACACACGUAUCCUUCCAAAAUCUCAAAGCAUACCCUCAAUCACCAAACCCCGCAACAACCCUGCACCCAGUCCAAAAAGGAGUGACGCUCCACCAUCCCACCGCACACCAAAGACUCAGCGACUGCUUCAUCCUAACACUCCUAAACCCAUAAGCCCCUCCAGCCACACUCAUAGAUCACACAGGUCUUCAAGGAUGUAUCUCCCACAGGAGCAGCCCUCAAGUGCCUUCGAGAGUCAUCGAGCGCACCACCCCAGGACCUCGCGCUCCUUUGGCCAUGAUUUCGAGCAUCCCACAUUCCUCAAGACCUUAGACCACGCUGACAAGAGCCUCAUCCCCCAAUACACACUUGACACACGAGUCCUCAAGCAUAGCGAUAACGAGAGAGACUCAACGGUAAUCCAAAGUCCCCCAGAGGUAAAGGUGCGACGCAAGAGAGGCCCCGAGAUUGAGGAACUUUUGGACUCCAAGGCGAAGUUUCCGAGGUUCGGUUACGACAUUGAUCCUUAUUUCUCAGACUUUCCGCGUUUUGGCUUUUUUGAUAGCACCAGUUGAUGCCAACCCCGCCGCGCUGUGAAGUAUUGCGUGGUUGUUCGCCGCAGUCCCCCUCCAUCCCCAGCAAAAAAAAUAUGUAGUCAUGA